AAACACUGCGCACCUAAAAAGGGAAAAAGUUCCAGUGAGAAGAUGACAGGCAUUGGGAGUCUUGGACAUCCAUUAGGUUACCCGGCUGGUUGUCGGAUGUCUGCAGUUAGCGAUGUCUGAAGCGGUUCUGGAUGAAAUAGCUGCGCUGUCCGCAAUAUACUGCGACAAGGACGAGUUCGAGGUGCUGGAAGAUUCAGACGAAAAGGGAACGGUCUUCCGUAUCCAGUUCUCGGCUGUUAAAUCUACCGGGGAGAGUGUUUACCUGCGCCUACUGUUCCACCUCCCGCCUGGGUACCCCGCGCGCCUUCCAGAGGUAUCGGUGUCGUCAGAGCAGCUGACCCGGAAGCAAUGCCGGCUGCUGGGAGAGCGGGCGUUGCAACGCGCUGGGGUUUUGGCGCCAGAACCCAUGGUGCUCGAGCUGGUGCGGUGGGUGCAGGACACUCUGUCAGAGCUGAGUCUGGACCCAGGCUGGUCUGGGGAACAGCAGGAGGAGAUGAAGACGAGAGAGGAGGAGGAGAGGAGGAGAGAGGAGUGUGCUGGCUGGACAGCCCUGCUCCUGGUGGACCACAUGAGGAGCAGGGUGAGGUACGUGAAGAUGAUCCGGAGGUGGAGCUCUGAGCUGCAGUUGGUUGGAAGGCUGUUCCUGGGGCCUCUCAUCCUGGUGCUGCUGCAGGGGCCACACGCCAACAUCAAGGAGUACAUCCAUCUCCAGAGGACUGUGAAGGUGGAUGUGGACUCUUCUGGGAAGAGGUGUAAAGAGAAGAUGAUGAAGAUCCUCUAUGAACAACCUUCCUCCUCCUCUAAACAACCCAAACAGAUGUCGUCUUUUGAAGUCGUAGAGUUUUCAUCCCUGGAUCAGAUGAGGCAUGCGUUUGAGGAUGUUGGACAACUGGAACUGUUCCAGGAGUUUGUUCCAACCUUGUAGAAGCCAUCCCAUCAUUUCCUGUCAUGGAAAGAAGCUGUCCACUUCCUGUGUGAGAACACAGUAACAGGAACAGUGGAUGGAGUAGAUGUAAGGAAGUAGGACUGAUCAGUGGACACUGGCUUAGACGUGCCAAAUCACUUGGAUAAAAAUGUUUAUAUAAAUCUUACAUUUUAUAUUUCAUCUCUUCAUUGUCCACUAGAUGGCACUGAGCCAACACGGUCUCACAGCCUCCAUCUUGGUUAUCAGGGACGAGGAACAGAGAAUAGGUGUUGACACGUUUGUUUAGUCCUCCAUGACCUGCCGUUCAUAAGAGCGGGUUCAGUGGUCUGCUCCUCUGCUGAACUGGACCUGUGUUCACCGGGGACACGCUGGAGUUCAAAUCAAACACACUCCACCUCUGUACUGCGGUCAGAUUGUUUGACGAAGCAGGUAUAAUGAAACCAUGGCAACACCUUUACCAUCUCCUGUCCUGGACAUAAAUACACCUGGCCUUUCCCCCAGGGCACACACACACACACGCCACACGCAUGCACACACACAUUCUCUUAAUUACACUGCGGAAAUGGCAGUCAUUCACCUCACCCUUUCUCUCUGGGACCCAGACAACAGACCGGGAGGUGUGUCUGGGUGGGUGUGUGUGUCUGUGUGUGUGUGUCUGGGUGUGUGUGUGUGUGUGUCUG